CUGCGCGCCCGCGUUUCGGCCUUCUUUUCCGUCUUUCCGCCCGCGCCGCCGCCGCCAUGAGGGAGAUCGUGCACCUGCAGGCCGGCCAGUGCGGCAACCAGAUCGGCGCUAAGUUCUGGGAGGUGAUAAGCGAUGAGCAUGGCAUCGACCCUACCGGCACUUACCACGGGGACAGCGACUUGCAGCUGGAGCGGAUCAACGUGUACUACAACGAGGCCACUGGUGGCAAGUACGUGCCCCGGGCCGUGCUCGUGGAUCUGGAGCCGGGCACCAUGGACUCCGUGCGCUCGGGGCCCUUCGGGCAGAUCUUCAGGCCAGACAACUUCGUCUUCGGUCAGAGCGGUGCUGGGAACAACUGGGCCAAGGGGCACUACACGGAAGGUGCGGAGCUGGUCGACUCGGUGCUGGACGUCGUGAGGAAGGAGGCUGAGAGCUGUGACUGCCUGCAGGGCUUCCAGCUGACCCACUCCCUGGGUGGGGGGACUGGGUCUGGGAUGGGUACCCUCCUCAUCAGCAAGAUCAGGGAGGAGUACCCGGACAGGAUCAUGAACACCUUCAGCGUGGUGCCCUCGCCCAAGGUGUCGGACACCGUGGUGGAGCCCUACAACGCCACCCUCUCAGUCCACCAGCUGGUGGAAAACACAGAUGAGACCUACUGCAUUGAUAACGAGGCGCUGUACGACAUCUGCUUCCGCACCCUCAAGCUGACCACGCCCACCUAUGGCGACCUGAACCACCUGGUGUCGGCCACCAUGAGCGGGGUCACCACCUGCUUGCGCUUUCCCGGCCAGCUCAACGCUGACCUGCGCAAGCUGGCCGUGAACAUGGUGCCCUUCCCCCGCCUGCACUUCUUCAUGCCCGGCUUUGCCCCGCUCACCAGUCGGGGCAGCCAGCAGUACCGGGCCCUGACGGUGCCCGAGCUCACCCAGCAGAUGUUCGACGCCAAGAACAUGAUGGCCGCCUGCGACCCCCGCCACGGCCGCUACCUGACCGUAGCUGCUGUUUUCAGAGGCCGCAUGUCCAUGAAGGAGGUGGACGAGCAGAUGCUUAACGUCCAGAAUAAGAACAGCAGCUAUUUUGUCGAGUGGAUCCCCAACAACGUGAAAACGGCCGUCUGUGACAUCCCGCCCCGGGGGCUCAAGAUGUCCGCCACCUUCAUUGGCAACAGCACGGCCAUCCAGGAGCUGUUCAAGCGCAUCUCGGAGCAGUUCACGGCCAUGUUCCGGCGCAAGGCCUUCCUGCACUGGUACACGGGCGAGGGCAUGGACGAGAUGGAGUUCACCGAGGCCGAGAGCAACAUGAACGACCUGGUGUCUGAGUACCAGCAGUACCAGGACGCCACGGCCGAGGAGGAGGGCGAGUUUGAGGAGGAGGCCGAGGAGGAGGUGGCCUAGAGCCGCCUGGUAAGCGGGAACGCGCGGAAGCCGUGAGAACUCUUUAUUCACUCACAGCCUGUCCUCUGAUAGCCCUGUCUCACAGUGUGUACCCGCUCUUCUUCCUGUCUUGAUGUCACAUGCUGUACAGACGCCACCAUUAAAGCAUUUUCAUAGCGUC